AUGUUUCGUCGGUUCUGCACCGCAUCUGGUAUCCUCGCGGGGACGUGCCUAGUGGCCUUUGCGGUGCGCGUAUGGGUUACGCGGAGGGGUUGUCUGCCCAAUGAACGGUCACUCUCGGCCAAAUACGCGAAUAUGCUGCAGAACGGGCAAGCGAGCAAGGGGUGCCAAACUUAUCAGGACGAAGCGAUAUUAGUGAUCUACGGAAGUGUUUCUGGAAAUGCUGAAAUGUAUGCCAAGACCCUCGUGACCAAUCUGCGAGAACGGGGUGCUGACAUCGCACUCAUUGACCCUUCCGCGUGGCCUUAUCUUGCUCAACAUACUCCUCAACAACCACUUUUUCCAGCAAGUAAAGGCACCCAGAUGCCCGUAGUGGUGUUUGUUGUGUCAACCACAGGUGAAGGGGAGGUGCCUGACAACUUUUUCUCCCUCUUCAUACAAAUGAAGGCGGUGGUGCGCAGGGGUUUGGAAGAAGGUGCUGAGCCGUUUAAGGACGUCUUCUACGCCGUGUUCGCUUUGGGGGAGAGUUCGUACAAGUAUUUCUGCCGGGCGGGGGUUGAUGUCGAUGGGCUACUGCAAAAGGGUGGAGGAACGGAACUGGUUCCUAUUGGUAUCGGCGACGCACGUGACCCUCUGAGGGAUGAUCUUUUCGACGCGUGGGAGGAGACUCUCACGAAGAAACUUGAAGAAACAUGCGGAAUGAAACUGGAGGCGUUGUCGGACAAACCACCACAACCACAGUUACUGUUCCGCUUCAUACCGGAUAAACCAGCGGAUACACUGCCUUUUGCUCCACCACCGUCGUUGCUGGAACCGUCUGGACAAUAUCCGGGGCAGUUUGUGUUGGAAGCCAAAACGAGGCGAACGAGCGAGCGAGAAGAUGGCUCCUAUGUGCUGCAUCUCGUAUUGGGCUUUGGCGGUCACACUGUAAAGUAUCAGGCGGGUGACCAUUUGGGAAUUUACCCCGCUAAUCCACCUGAUGUAGUUGAAGCUUAUAGGCAGGUUUUGAACAUCCCCUUGACGGACUGGACAAAGCCAGUGGAGUUGUGCUCGCCCGUUAAUGCACGCGCUAGAGCUUCGUUGCGAAAUACUCUUCCUGCGCGUGUAACACUGAGAACGGUGUUCGAGCGGUACCUGGAUUUGUGUGGCAAACCUCGGAAGUCCAUGUUGCGCCUCCUGGCAAGGUACUGCUCGGAAAUUGAGGAAAAAACAGCAAUGAUUGAUUUUCUUCGUGGAGGACAUUCUCUCAAUGCUGUAGCAGAGUUUGGAACAUCGACACCAUCCUACCGCAGAGGCCAUUAUACCGUUCUGGAUUGCCUGAAAAUGUUUUGUAGUUGGCGUGGAAGGCUUCCUGUCGGGCACUUUGUGGAAGCGAUGCCACGAAUGCAACCCAGGUUCUAUUCUAUUGCAUCGGAUAUGUUAACGCACCCCACGACAGUGGAGGCAUUCAUCCGCAUCAUUCCGGAUGGCGUAAACUCCUUAUUUCUUCACCACCUUUCCGUUGGAGCCAAAGUAACCGCAUUUGUUCGCAAGUCAACGUUUCACCUCCCCCAAAAGUGUAGCGGGCGCCCGGUGGUGAUGAUCGGUCCUGGAACCGGCGUUGCUUCAAUGAUCGGUUUCUGCUACAGACGGGAGGCGAUGCUGAAGAAGCAAGCUGCGGUCGAACAUGGGCCCAUGGUUCUCUUCUUUGGUAAUCGAAACCGCUCAUCGGAAUAUUUUGUGGAGCGUGAGGUGCGCCAAUGGUGUCCACACGGUGAGGGGAAACUUCCUUCUGCCGGUGUACGCUGUGACUCCGUGUUGACACUAGUUGAUGCUGCAUUCAGCCGGGAUCAACCUGAGAAGUACUAUGUCACACACCUUUUGGAGAAACACCAAGAUUACCUCCUGAAACUCUUGACCAGUCGCGUGGGCGGUGGUUGUCUUAUUUACAUUUCGGGUGAUGCAUCACGGGUAUCGCGUAGCGUGGACAAGGCAAUAUUAAAGUUGCUGGAGUAUGGUGGAUUCGCCGAAGAGGCAGCAGUUGAGUUCCUGGCGAGGAUGGAGCGGGAAGGUAGAUACUUGAAGGACGUGUACUGA